AUGCGUCUCAAACGUUUUCUUCUUCGAUAUUAUCCACCAGGUACAUUCGUGAGCCUUUUUCAUAGUACAACGACUGUAAUUUAUUUCAUUGCAGGAAUUAUUCUUGAAUAUGAGCAGAGUAAUGUUUUGAAAACAAAAUCAAUCGAUUUACUUGAUUUGAAAUCUGAUACUGAUGUGAAUAGUGUGGUAGAGGAAAUUGUCAAGAAAGAACCAUUAAUUACGGCAGCGAAAGUUGAUAAAGUCAAAGAAUUAAUCGAAAGAUUACAAGAGAAAAUCUCUCAACAAGAUGAUAAACGCUUCUAUUUAUUCAAAGUACUUCGUGCUCAUAUACUUCCAUCAACUUAUGUUGCAUUCAACAAAUCCGGUUCAACAUUCAUCACUGCUUCAUAUGAUCGAACAUGUAAAGUAUGGGAUACAGCAUCAGGCGAAGAGUUGCAUACUCUUGAAGGACAUAAAAAUGUUGUCUAUGCUAUCGCAUUUAAUAAUCCGUUCGGCGAUAAGAUAGCCACUGGUUCAUUUGAUAAAACAGCUUGUAUUUGGAGUACGGAACGCGGUACAUGUUAUCACACACUUCGAGGUCAUACUGGUGAAGUCGUCUGUCUAGCAUUCAAUCCUCAAAGUACAGUUCUAGUGACUGGAAGUAUGGAUCAUACAGCUAAAUUAUGGGAUAUUGUUUCUGGCACGGAAAUCGCGAGUUUACAUGGUCAUACGGGUGAAAUUAUAUCUGUGAGUUUUAAUACGCGUGGCGAUCAAGUCAUUACAGCUUCAUUUGAUCGAACUGUAGCCAUAUGGGAUGUUCGCACUGGAGAUAAAAUUCAUACACUAAUUGGACAUACAGCUGAAGUUAGCAGUGCUCAGUUUAAUUGGGAUUGUAGUCGAAUUGUAACUGGUAGUAUGGAUAAAACUUGUAAAUUAUGGGAUACAUUAUCUGGUGAAUGUGUAGCAACUUUAAGGGGACAUGAUGAUGAGGUACUGGACGUUGUUUUCGAUUCUACCGGUCAAUAUAUAGCAACAGCAUCAGCAGAUAAAACUGGACGUGUCUAUGAUGCAUUGAGUCACAUGUGUAUAGCAACAUUGAUUGGACAUCAAGCUGAAAUAUCUAAAAUUUCGUUCAAUCCUCAAGGUAAUCGGUUGAUUACAGCAAGUGCGGAUAAAACAGCUCGUAUAUGGGAUCCACUGACCGGCGAAUGUAAACAAAUACUUGAAGGACAUACUGAUGAAAUCUUUAGCUGCGCUUUCAACUACGAAGGAAAUACAAUUAUAACAGGCAGUAAAGAUAAUACGUGUCGAAUUUGGCGAUAG